GGGAGCCCUGUCCGCCUUCGGGCCCGAGCAGCAGGGCGUCCGUGGGCCGCUCCCACGUCGGCGCCAGCAGCGAGGGGCCGAGCCUGCGGCUGCCAGAGCCUGCCCCGCCCCUGAGGCGCUUUAAAAGCGCGGCCUGCGACCAGCCCUGCGGGCGUGCAGCGACGAGUUGUGAAAAGAUCAAGAGGCAACCUUCAAGAUCUGACACAGAAAGAGCACAAAACUGCAAUUUUGCAUCAAAGUCCACAGUAACUGAUUGAGAAACAGUUGCAUCACUCGCCUUGCGGUAGCCUUUUGCAAUAAAACGGCUUUGUAGUGUGUGCCGUCUUCUGCUAAAUCCACACGAGUAAAAAGUGCUGAAGAAGCUGAAACUGAACCUGUGCAGCCGUAGUCUUCAAGAAGGGCGGAAGACAGUUUGAGCCAUGGCAAGCCAGGCGUUUUCCCCAGAGGCUGCUUUCCCUCAUGGGAGGCGGAGGGAGAAAUGGGACCCCAGGCUUCUUUCAAGGGCAAGGAACUGCUGGCGAAAAAGAGAGAAUGUCUUCAGGCCUACAGCUGGUGGAGAACGCCACAGAAGAAACGAAAGAAAAAGAACAAAAUAAAGCCAGGAAGAAUAGAGUUCGUCCCUAGUAGUACUGCAGCCAGACCAGAUUAUUCAAUAUUUGUUGGGGAGCUUACUCCAGAAGUGGAUGAUUUCCAGCUCUAUGACUAUUUCCUAAAGAGAUACCCCUCAUGUAUUGACUGCAAAAUAGCAACAGAUCUGCUGGGAUACUCCAGAGGGUAUGCCUUUGUCAGAUUUGGUGAGCAAGGUGAUCAGAUGAGGGCACUGCAAGACUGCCAGAAUGCACCAGGUCUGGGGGGAAAACGAAUCCGGCUGAGCAUAGGAAUUUCUAAAAGACUGAAAGCAGAAUUCCAGCGGUACCAGUCAUACAACUACAAUGACUAUUACCAAGAUUAUCAGAACUACUACUCGCAGUGGAAUUAUGAUCCUUACGCUGACUACAACUACAGCUCCUAUACUCCCUAUGAUAACAUGCAAGCUGUUGGAGACUGCUCUUUAGGAGAUACUCUUAUGGCUCCAGCUGUUUUUGAGGAAACUUCAGCUAUGACUGAAAUCAGUGAUGACCUAAUAACUGAAGAUCCACAACUUUACUUGGAUGUUGAUGAAAUGAACAGACAAUUUAUGGAGACAAGUGAAGAACUCUAUGAUUCCCUCAUGAAUUGUCACUGGCAGCCUCUGGAUACGGUCACUUCUGACAUCCCCUCUGCUAUUUAAGUGUCUUAUAUAGCAUGACCGUAAUGACCAAGGUGCUAAAAUUACAUUUCUUCUACAUUACUCUAGAUCAUAAGUUUUAAAGCACAAUGAUAGGUUGAGUUUUUUUGCUAUGCUUUUGACAGUUUCUGUAAUUUUUUUUUGUUCAUCACUCAGAGCAUCUUGAAAUCAUGUAAAUAUUCUAGAAAUGUAAAGAGUUCAAUGGGGUCUAAAGAUAGACUUGCUUGUGUAAAUAAAAUUUUGUUUCUGCAAACUUGCCAGCAAGGGAUUUUACUUACAUAUGUGAAGCACAUUCUCUUCUGGCUUGUGGAAUUUAGCUGGAGGCAGUAGGGAUAUUCCGCCUGCCACUGGUAUGGACAUAAGGAGUAGCAAAGACUAUUUCUCACAUACUUCCAAGUUACCUAGGCAAUCUCUUACAAGCUCUUAACACUUUUGAUUAGAUGGCAUGUGUGUAUGGAAGAUGCUCCCAGAGUUUGCCAUGGAAAUGCUUGGGUUGCUCCUGCAGUCUGCUGGCACUCACUGUACUACUGUUGAUCUGUUAGAUCAGUUAAAAUUGCUUUGUCAAUACAUGAUUUUAAGCAUAGAUAAAGGCAAACUUUCAGCUGCCAUAGCUGCAAACAUUCCAAAGACUAAAGAUGAUCCCUACUGACAAUUUUAUUCUGCUCUUCCUCCUGUUAAUCUUCUCAACUUGACACUUCACAGCAAAGAAACUGGUGUAAAGUAAUACAUGCUCUUAAACUUAAAAAUUUUCUGAGAAAAUAACCAUUGGAAAUAAAACUAUCCUAGUAAAACUUCUCACCUAAGUUGCUAAACAUCUAUUUUUUUUUUCAUGCUCAGGUGUUUGAUAGUGAUGAGGUUAUAAAAUUUUUGUAGUAUGAAGAGUUUUCAGUAUUUGAGUCAAAGGGGACUAGGGGAGGUAGCAAUGAGGAAAGUUCUGCUUUAAGCUAGCAACUUCUGAGUAGUGUCUUCUAAACUCUUAUGAGGAAGGGUAUAAAGUAUUUUCCAGUCAUAGGGACUUCUUAAGCCCAUGUCUUUGCAAAAGUAUUUACUCUGUUUAAUGUACAUGAUAAAAUAAAUUGGGCUGGAAACAGAAGAAUACUCUUCCAAGAAAACAGGUGUCAGAGGUUAUCAGAGCUAAUAGCUGUGGAAGCUACUAAAGCUAGUGAAGAUAUUUGUCAUGUGUGUUUUUGGGGCAACCUAAACCAUAAUUGUUGUGAUGGCAGAUGAAGUUCUCUGCCUUUUUUUAAUGAAUUACAUUAAAAUCAUGUUCAUAUAACCUAUGUGCUGUUCUUAAAUUUAAAAUGUUGUAUUUCAGAGUAAAGUCUUGGUGUUGGCUGAUCAUUUCUAGCUGCUAACCAGAUUCUCUUUACAGCUUAAUUUUCAGCUAGAAAUAUUUUUCAAAAUUGCUCCCAUGAAAUGCAGAUAUUCUAAAACAGAAAAGGCUUGUGGAGUACUAUAGGAAGUUCAUUCUUCCUGGAUUUUUUGUAGACAUACAUGUAGGAAGAGACAGCAAAAAAACUCACCUAGGCAGGAGGAGUAGCAUCACAGUUAGAGGAACUAUUUUCUCUGCUUUGGAGAGAGCGAGUUGCAAGGUAACUACAACUGCUUGGAGUUUAGAUUUCUGGGAUGAACCUUUCCCUUGUGUGAAGUGGUAAGGCUUUGGAAGGUGAUGGUAGAGAGACAGUUAAUGAGGAUGUGUCAGGAAGUGGAGUAAAUAAAGCAAAGAGAAUCUGGGUAGGAAAGGGGGUGCUUGUGUGCCUGCAAUAGAAUUGUUUCAGAGGACUGCAGUAGGGAGGAAACUCAAGUUAGUAGGAGCAGGCCUCUUGAAUUUGGAUGGGAGUAUUAAAGCUUCAAAACCAUACAAGAUUUGAUGCCAUUUCAGUUGUGGUGUGUAGCUGUGUUGCUUGAGCUGGGUAAUACAAAGAAGUCUGUUAUGGGAUUUUGUACCUAUCAAUCACCAUCACUAUGAGCAGCAUGGCAGCUUGCAGGUCUGUGCUGUGUUGUAUCAUACUUCAAAGUGGCUUGCAUAUCAUCACCUAACAUUGUACUGAAAUUGCAGCAAGUAACUAGUUAAAAGCUUUUCUUGUAUUACCAGUUAAAAAUGAGAUGCUAAAGAUAUGCAUUGGCUCAGCAGAACUCCUAUGGAGCAUCUGUGCUAAUUUUUUGUAUUUGGGAGGUUGACUAUAUAAUAAGGAGCCCAUGUAGCUAUGGGAUUUCACUUAAAUCAGACACUGUACUACCACAGUAUGUAGACCUCAAAGUCACAGUCUGUAGCCACCCCACUUAUGCAUAUUUUACCUGUUAACAAGGUCUCUGGAAGGAGACUGUUUCAGACAUGCAUGUGCCUUCUGUAAGUACCCAUAUAGCAAAAAUUCUGUGAAGGGUAAUGCAGUGAAAGAGGUGGUUUGGGCUUGCUGUUUCUCCCAACCUGCGAAAUAUUGGGGCUGUAUUUUCUUACAGUCAACAUAUGAGAAAAAUGAGGCAAGAAAGAUUCUGUUGAGAGACAGCCCAUGUGAUACUGUCCUAAAAUAGUUCACUGACCUCUUUUUCUCUCUCCUGAGCCUUGCUAGCUUAUUCCUCCUUCCAGUUAGGAGUGCAUAUGUGGGAUCAAAAUCGUGUGUGCAGCACAUCCUCUUUACAGGAAAGGCACUGUAGAAUUUCUUUCCCGUAUUGGUGUGGUGUUACCCAUGAACCCCAAACACAGGAAACAGUGCAUCACAAGUAGAGAAAGUUGCUGAGACUUUCUGCUGAGUAAACUUACAGCUGUUCCACAACUGCCCAUCUGUAUUAGCUAGUUUAAGAAACACCUGAACACAUGCUCAUGUCUGCCAUCAGUUCUACAAAGAUCUGAUUGCAAUGGGAGCAUUUAAAAACAAAACACGUCUUAGAAGCAACUUUUUCAACACCAGUCUAUUUCAUUUCUAGUUGUGUUUUGCCUCUGUUUUACCCAGCUGAAAUGUGUGGUUGGUGGUUUGUUUUUUAAGCUUGAUGAAGGUUUUUUUUCCCCAAGAAUAUCUAAUACUGGGUUUAUAAACUCUUUAUUGCACCUAGCUGUGAUAGUGCCUUUACUCAAAACCUGCUCAUUUCUUUGAGUUGUGUUUUUUUUCUAUCACUUCUCUGCACAAAGAGGUUUUUGUAGGAUGGCUUGAGGGGCUACUAAACCUGUCGUCAGCAGGGAGGAAACCGGCCCAAAAGGGUGAAGAGUACUUACUUAGAAAGGGUACAAAACAGUUAAAUGGUACUUAAGCCAUGAAUGUUUCUUUUUGCAGGGAUGCUCUUGGACCAACAGCUUCUUUCUAGUGCUACCUCAAAGUAACUUGCAUAUAUAACUCACAGGGAAGAUUGAUCAAAUGGUGAUGAUCCCUAUCAUUCUGCUGGAGAUUAUAUAUAUUUGCCUUUUGUUUCGUCUUCUAAUAACAUUUAAGUUCAGUGGCUCAUGUCAAUAGACAUUGUUUGACUACAUCAACAAGUAUUUCUGAGUCAUGAGUAUCAUUAAAGGCAUGUCACUGUAUGGAAAUUGUUCUAAACAAGUAAAAUGGAAGUAAAAUAAGUAAAUAAAGCAGCACUUGAAUUUA